UUUAUGUGGCUGACGAUUUUCUUGCACUGAAUAAUAAAGACAUUGGUAAAAGCAUCGGAGUUUCGUUGCUGUAAACCUGUUUUUACUCAUCGGCUACAACAAUUCCAGUGGUAGCCGCAACAACAGCAAUGACGAAACAGUCUUUAAAAAUUUAAUAAGAAACAGCGAGACUCGAUAUAGCUGCACAGAAAAAUUUGUUGAUAGAGUCAAAUAAUUAGAAUUCAAAUAAUCAAAUAAAAUAGUUUGCCCAGUUUUCUUUGUGGAAAAAGCAACGCAAUACUCGAUGACAUUCCCAUUCAUUUUCUGGUUGAAUGGAAGUUUGAAGAAAGACAUAUACGUUUCUAACCAUUACCAUGUCAGUGGAAGCAUGGCAGCGCUAUUAGCAAUUUCCUUUCUUUGUUUUAGUCUGCUUAGUGUUCCGUAUGUUACAGGCGAAAACGAUGAGGGACCUUAUCGAGGCAAAUAUUUGGGCAAGAUAAAUUCCUAUCAUCACCAAGUUUCUGGUGAUGUAUAUGCUGUCAAUGAGUAUACUUUUCUACUGGUUGGCUUCAACUACGAUGGGAAUGGUGCAGAUACUUUUUUUUGGGCAGGAGCGAGCAACAGACCUGGACCGCAGGGAUUUAUAGUGCCUGACGAGUUUGGAAAGACUAAUAUAUUGGAUCGCUAUCACAACAAAGAUUUUACGUUGACACUGCCUGAUCGCAAAAAGAUGACCGAAAUUAAAUGGUUAGCCGUGUAUGACCUUAACAAUCAGAACAACUUUGGUGAUAUUUAUAUACCUGAGGAUUUUGAACCUCCUCAUACGCAAAUUGGAGGUACCUUUUCAAGUCGCAGCAAUAACAUAAGCAGCGCUGGCAUUGAUGUAUUAGAUUCAAAGACUAUAAGACUUAAGGAAUUUACAUAUAGUGGUCGUGCAAAACAAACGUUUUUCUGGAUAGGCGUUGGGUCGCAACCUUCAAGUCGUGGAAGUAAAGUGCCAGACGAACGGGGCUACUUGGAUACCAUACGUACAUAUAACAAAGAAACGAUUAUAUUGGAAUUGCCAGGAGAUAAGACCAUAUUCGAUAUAGACUGGAUAAGUGUUUACGAUUUAGACAAUAAUGUGAACUACGGUCAUGUUUUAAUACCGGACAACUUGAACGUGCCGCCUUCACUGGUCCAAAUUACGCCUUAUGAUUUCUCGCUACCCAAUUGCCGACAGCUACACAAAGACUUGCAAAUUUCUUGGGAGGUGUUUGGUCCACAAAUUACUUUUCAGUUAUCAGGCCAAGUUUCUCAAACGGAAUACAUGUCGUUUGGUCUCUCAGGUUCAGAUAGCUCGAGCCAAAUGAUUGGUGCAGAUGUGGUAGUUGCCUAUAUAGAUGACAUACGCGGCUAUACAGUUGACUAUAACAUAACAGCGCUGUCACCAUGUGUGCAGGUAUUGGGAAGGAAUAAGGGCGUAUGCCGGGAUAUCAUUGUCGGCGGAUUGGAUAGUUUUCAACUAAAUACUUAUAGUCGCAAAGAUGGCAUUAAUACAAUAAGCUGCAGGCGAAUUAUUAAAUCUUCUGAUGAUGGCGACAAAGAAAUUUUGAUGGAUCGCGGUAACUAUGUUGUUUGGGCCAUUGGCCAAUUAGACUCAAACAACGAGCCAACUUUUCACACUUUUUAUCCUAAGAGUGACAUUGUUAUUAAUUUCAAUACAACAGAACCAGUCAAUGAUUGUUUUAGCUUUACAAAACCCAUAAACACACCACUGCCGGCAUGGGAGCGUUCACGAAUAACUGAUGCAACUGUUCGCACAUUCAAUGCCUUCUUGGGUCCCUCAGGUAAUUUGCGCGGCUAUCGCGGUAUUACUGGUCAUGUGUCCAAUGGUUUGGCCUGGUACAUAAACGGCUACAUGAUACCAGAGCUUUUUUUAAAACGGGGCCUUUCAUACACCUUUAACGUACGAGGUGGCAAUAAUCCGCACUCACCAGAGUACUAUCAUCCGAUGGUCAUCACGGACGAGCCGAAGGGUGGCUACGACCGUUUGACUGAUGCCAAGCAGCGCGAGAUACGCGUAUUGGCAGGUGUCGAAUUCACGCGUCGGGGACGGCCGAAGCCCACUGCCGCAGGUCCAUUAUGCUUGUCGCGUUAUCCUCCAAACUAUGAUAGGCGCUUAGACGAUGAUUUUCCGACAUUUAAAAAGUUUAAUCGUUCACUGAUAAACAUAUGCAGUGAUGAGCCGCCAGCAUUACUUGAGAUUACGCCCAACAUCACAUGGCCGGACACGGUUUAUUAUAAUUCCUUUACGCAUGGUUAUAUGGGCUGGAAAAUUCACAUUAUUGAUAGUUAUACUAGUCUACGGAGCAGUGGUCAAUCCAUUGCUUCCUCCUUUAAUGUUUUGCUAUCCGCCCCUAUCCUUUCACUGAUUCUUUGGAGAGUGAUUAUUAACUUCAACUUUAAGAUUUUAAUUUAUUAGAAAUAUGACAAAAUAUUUAACGUAUACGUGUACAUAUACUUGUAUGUAUGUAUGUUCAUAUGUAUGUAUAUAAUAAAUUUACUUGAGUCUGUAUGCUAACCUGA